AUGGGCGGCGCUGACGAUGACAUCCCCAUCCCGGACAUCCCGGUUCACGUCUAUGUGAUCAUCGGCUGCGUGGCCGUCUCGCUAGCCUUGUCGCAGAUACUCGGGCUGUGGCUGACGGGGUUUAAGGAGCCGACUCCGACGGGGCCGGUGUAUGUUAGGACGACUAGGACGCUGCAUGAUAAGCCGAGUGAGUCGACGCUUGUGGGUGUGGGGGAUGCUGUGACAGGGGCGCUGUCGAUGGAUGCUACGGGAAGAGAGUCUGGGGAGGUUGGGGAGUCGGUGGAGGGGAAGAAGGUUGGGGAGGUUGGGGAGUCGGUGGAGGGGAAGAAGGUUGGGGAGGUGGAGAAAAUCAAAGAGGAAGGGGAUAUCAAGGAAGAUAACAAAGAGACAGAGGAUAUCAAGGAGGAUAACGAGAGUGGGGAGAUCAGGGAGCCGGAUGGGAUCAAGGAGAAGCCUGAGGUGUAG